GCAUGGGUUCCCAUCCGACACAUUCACCUACGCUCAUCGUCCACCCAGCUGUCUUCCCUUCUCUCCCAUCGCUCGAUUCUUACCAUCCACACACAUACCGCCCACAUCGCACACUCUGGGGAUGACCGACGCAGGCCACCACAUCUACACGGCUGUGUACUCGGGCGUGCCCGUUUAUGAGCUUAUGUGUCGCGGCAUCGCCGUAAUGCGACGCAAGCACGACUCGUAUCUGAAUGCCACUCAGAUUCUCAAGGUUGCAGGCAUCGAAAAGGGAAAGCGCACAAAAAUACUCGAACGCGAGGUCUUGUCCGGCGAGCAUGAGAAAGUCCAGGGAGGCUAUGGCAAAUACCAAGGAACCUGGGUUCCGUUUCAACGCGGAAAGAACUUGGCGAAGCAAUACAAAGUGGAGCCGUAUCUGCGCACGCUCUUCGAGUACGAGAUCCCAGCAGGAGAAUCUGAUACGGUUACGCCUACGAAGGAGAUGGUUCAGGCGGCCAUCAAGGCCAGGGAUGGACCCAAACCCAAGAAACUGUCUGGUUCGCCUAGGAUGAGUCCGGCAAUGAAGCGAGGCCGAAGCAGCUCAGCCAUGCCCAAUGCGUCAGGCUCACAAUCUUUCCACCACGCCUCUUCCAUGACACCAUCUCCACUCCACCCGUCCUUCAACGCAUCUUCGCCCUCGAUCCCACCUUCACCCCAAUGGCACACGGAACACCCGCCCAGGAAGAGAAUAAGGACUAAUAACUCACCGCCACCGCUACAUGAAUUCGACGACGACGGUCCAUCCCGACCGCACUUGAGCCAUUUCCCGUCCUUGGAUCAUCAUCAUCGUGGUCAGCACUCAUAUCAUCCACGCUCGUCGCACCCUGAUCACCGCGAUCCAUAUGAUGAAAGAGAUUAUGGUCAUGGACGUGGACCCGGAUAUCACCCAGAUCAACAGCUAGAGGAACCACCGUUGGAGGGGACCGAGAAGUACAGGACAAUCCUCAUGAGCAUCUUCUUGAACGACGACCAGGAACAGAUCCCAGAUCUAUUGACAAACCCGAUACCGCCGCCUGAUCUGGACAUCAACCUUGUAAUCGAUGACCAGGGCCAUACGGCUUUGCAUUGGGCGGCAGCGCUGGCGAGGAUAUCGGUAUUGGACUUGCUGGUGCAGAAGCAGGCGGAUAUUCGACGGGUCAACUAUAAUGGCGAGUCGGCACUGGUGCGAGCGGUGCUGGUGACCAACAACUUUGACAAGCAAUCGUUCCCGCAUGUGCUGAGUCUACUUCAUUCGGCGGUUCCUUUGGUGGAUCGGAAGAACCGGACGUUGCUCCACCAUAUUGCUGUCACCGCAGGAAUCCGUGGGCGAGAAACGAGCUCCCGGUAUUAUAUGGAAUGUUUGUUUGAGUGGAUCGCACGACAUGGAGGCGAUUUCGCAUCGAUUGUGGAUGUACAGGAUAAGAAUGGAGACACGGCGCUGACGAUUGCGGCGAGGGUUGGGGAUCGGUACCUGGCAAAGAUGUUGAUGGACGUUGGAGCGAAUCGUGAGAUUGAGAACAAGGUCGGUCUGAAGGCUGAAGACUUUGGUCUGGACGAUUUCCUGGCUGGUUCAUCAGGAGCUCCUCCUCCGUCACGUCCUGUCAAGCCAGCAUCCAAUGUCGAGUCGGCUCAAUCGAAGCCUUUUGCACACAGGGGCAAAGAUCUGAUGAAUGUUGUUCAAAAGAUGGUGGAUGAGCUCGAUCUGGAGUUCUCGCACGAGAUUAUGGCACGACAAGGACAGCUUCAGGAUACACAAGCCUUGCUUCGCCACGCAACCAGCGAGCUUUCAGACACCCGGCGGAUAAUCAAACUAUGCCGCAACAAAGUAUUACGGCUUGUGGAGGCGCAGCACAAGAUUAAGAACCUGGAGCAGUCUCUGGAGGAAGAAUCACAAAAGACACGGAGUCAGAAGGGCUAUUCUGGAGCACUGCGGCAAAAGGACAGUACUAAUGACGACAUUGAUCGACUGUUCUAUGUUGCUCCCCGACCGCCAUUAUAUGUUGUCGAGAGCACCAAUGGUAUGGGUGGUACCGAUGGUGUGGAGGACGGAUCAAAUGAUAUGGAGAGGGAGAGAGAGAUGCAGCUACGGAAGGAGGUGUUGUUGUUGCGGUCACGUAUUCUUGCGUACGAGCAGAAUGAGAAGGAGUUGGCGCAGGAACUGGUUGAGAUUACAGGCCAGUCGAUGGAUAAGGAGCUGCAGUGCCGGAAGGUAAUUUCAGUCUGCUGCAAUAUCCCGCUGGACAAGGUCGAUGAAAUGCUGGUGCCCUUGACGUUGGCGGUAGAGAGCGACGGAGCUAGUCUGGACUUGUCGCGGGUAGCAGGGUUCAUGAGCAAGGUAAAGCAGCAGGACGCUAUCGCAGCGACAGGAGCAGGUUCAGGGACGAAUACAGCAGUAAGGACAAGGGCAGGAGCUGGAGCUGGGAUGGCUGUAGGGGCAGGAAUAGGCGGGCCGCGGACAUCGUCUCCUCCUCCUACGGCAUUGUAAAUAUUAUCGACAGGAACGCUUUUUUUUUUUUUCUUUUGUAGACAAUCAAUCUUGGUAAUUUAUUUU